AUGGAAGCAGAAAAUGGCAAGUUCCCUACGGUAGCAAAGCGAAAUCCCCAAGUAAUAUCAACGGUAGCUAUCGCGACAAAGAAAAUGAGGAACGGCAAGAGUGGUGAUGGCAGUUGUACCUACAGGGACCAGAGAUCCAUCCAUUGCAACGACCGAGGCGUCACAUUUCUCGUUUCAACCGUCAAGACCAACCUCUCAUAUAUUCUCAACAACCCUUCCGAAUCGCUUCUGAACCAUCUUUUCCCCGAUGGCCUUCAGUGGAAGGACAUGGGUUCAGAUGCCACCAUAUUAGCCAUCCAAAUCAACCGGUUCUCUUGCGGCGGAAUCGCCAUCGCCGUCUGCUUGUCUCAUAAACUCGGCGACGGUUCCACUCUCUUCAACUUCGUCAAUGACUGGGCUACUAUCAACCGAACCAAUAAUCAACUACCUUUCCCGCCGGAUCUUGUUGCGGGAUCUUCUCUAUUCCCGCAAGAGGACUUGCCGGUCUUUCCUGAAAUCUCGUUCACGAAGCAAAACACUGUGUGUGCAAGACUCGUGUUCGAGGGUUCCAAGAUCGAGUCCCUGAAGGAAACGGUGAAAUCCAACGGCGUUGAGAACCCGUCGCGGGUUGAAGUUGUGAUUGGAAUGAUCUACAAGCGGGCCGUUUCUGCUUUGGGGCUUGGCGGCAACGUUAACGCGCCUCUUUUGCUUGUUGCCGCGAAUCUCCGAAGGAGAAUGGUUCCUCCGCUUCCGGAGAAGUCCAUAGGGAACUGGGUCUGGUCGUUCCCCGUAGUGUCAAAGAAAAAGGAGGAAGGUGCAGGGUUGCACGAGUUGGUGGAAGAAACGAGGGAAGGUUUAUCGGAGUUGUGCGAGAAGAGUGUGAAGAAGUUUGGGGAUAAGGAAUUUGUGAUUGAGUUCCUAAGGAAGGCUACUACGGCGAGGAGGAGUAGUCCGAUUGGAUCGGAGAAGAGAGUGUUCUUCUUUGCGAGCUGGUGUAGGGUUCCGACGUAUGAGGUGGAUUUUGGAUGGGGGAAGGCGGCGUGGGUGACGAGUGUUGGGUCUCCAGUGAAGAACAGUGUGGUUUUGAUGGAUGCGAAAGAUGGGAAUGGCGUUGAAGCUCUUGUCAGCAUGGAGGAGCAAGAUUUGGUGGUCUUUCAGCGUGAUUUCGAGCUCCUUCAAUAUGCUUCUAUUAAUCCAAAGGUUCAUGCAUGA